GACCACACGUUAGUGGUCGUUUCUAAAUUAAAUUGUGAAUAACUUUGCUAAAUGUGACAAAAUUUCUGACCGGCUAGGGCCAACAUGGAAUACCUGUCUUGGAGAUACAUAUCGCUGUUUGCGGUCAUUUUGUGCUCUCAACUUUGGAUAGUAACACCUCAAGAAUUAUUCAAGACAGCGAGCCGAUGUCACGGCGACUAUCUCGACCUGCGAUGUGGACCAAGGGGGUUGCUCGUGUUCCAGUCCGCCACCUACGGCCGAAUGUCCUCCAUGGCUUGUGGCGUGAAGGGAAAGACCGGCUGUUACAUCGACGUCCAAAUGUACAUCAAGCGCAAGUGUUCGGGACGCCAUGAGUGCCGGAUGCUCGUCUCGGAGGAGCAGGCGCGGAGUCAGCUCAAUAAUCCGUGUGGAGGCGACAAAUCAUAUCUACAAGUGAAAUAUAAAUGUAUAGCAGUGAGCCAGAUAGCCACCACAUGUAAUGACAGCCACCCUAUUGCCCUAACACAGCGGACCAGCUUCAUCCAAUCUCCUAACUUUCCAAACAAAUACCCGCAAGACCAUGACUGCAAGUGGCAGAUCAACUUAGAAAAAGGCUACCGCGUUAACUUCACGAUAUUUGACUUUGAGUUAGACGGACGCCGUAGCAUGCGGUGCUUUGACUUUUUGACAAUUAACGAUAAUUCUGAGCAGGCCGAGGCAAGAAAUGCUCAGGGAAAGACAAUAUUUUUAGAUUGCGGAGUGAUUCUUGGUCGCCAGAUUUCAAGUACUCAAGGUGCUAGUCAAGUUAAUGUCCAUUUUUCGUCCCAUGCCGGGACUAACAAUCGGGGAUUUCUCAUGCAGUAUACUGUGUACGAGACAGACCACCUAUUGUUUGAGGAGAUCCCAGCCAUCCGACCGGCGACCACAACGUCUGGUAUGACCGCAGUUGACGUGUUUCCAAAUGACCAAAUCCAUGAGAACGAUACUAAAAUAUCUUAUAUGCCCGCAGGUAAAUCUGAUGUGACCACCACACACUCCCCGACCCCCCUCGGAGACACGAUGUCCAACGACCACACCCAAGAGAUGCUAAGCCCCAUGUUUAUAGGGAUAAUUGUUGGCGUUCUCUCAGCUAUUAUUGUGCUCCUACUCAUUGCUGUGAUAGUGCUGCUGUUGUACCGAAAGUAUGGUUCCAAGUCCUCCAAACCUCGCGCUGUCGAUGCUCACGAAAAAGAUACUCAUGAAACUCUACUACGUAAUGGUGCCCAGCCGCCAAAUUUCAUCCAAGACGAUGACUCAAAAGGUCGGCGGGUCGUCAUGGAAAUACAAGGGAGUCGAAUAGCAUCAUUACAUCUCGGUCCAACGAAAAAUGGGGCGACAACACUUCCUCAGGAGGACACUAAAACAUUAAUGGCAAAUCCUUACAAGGAGUCCUACCCUGGGGAAACGUGUAAUAAUGCGACGAUGUGCUUCACUAUGCCAGCAGCGUCACACUAUAAAGACACUGGUACCAGUUCGACAGGUCGAUACAAGGAUCCACCGCGUAUUCAGAACUAUUAUGAUGAUGGAUACAAGGCACCACGCCGCUCCGUGCCACACCGCCAUAGCGGACAUGGAUACCAGGAGGAAAAUGAGUAUGCGACGAUAGACGAGGGAGCUUACGCGGUCAGUGACAUUACGAGACAGGUUCCGCCUGACCCACUAGCUCGACUCAUGUACAAAGUACCCAUACCAGUGGCGCCACCAGCCCCAGCACCACAAAACACAACAAAUCUUAACAGAAAAAGCGGAACUGUGCAUUAUUUUGAGUAUGACCAAGGAUUCUCGAGUCGUGAUGACUUGGACGUUGGGCCACCUGCUGACUCCAGUGAUGACCCUGCGUGUUAUUCUUACGCUGACAAUACUCACCCAGCUCAUUCAAACAUGUUCUCGACAUUCCAGGCCCGCAGACACCAGGGGGAGCCGCCUGAAGAAUUCUUAAUGGAAAGUGACUUAUAUCGGCAUAAUACUCAUUAUAAAACAUGACAGGAAUUCUAAAAUCUAGUUCACCUUAAGUUAAGUUGGAAAGUACUUUACAUUUACAUACGUGCUUGUAUGAAAUGUAGAGCUUUUUUUGGCUUGCUUGUUGCGAAACAGUUUCUAAGUAAAAAGACUCAAAUAACUGGUUGUUGGCUUCCACUUUUUGUCUGGGAUGUCACUCACCUGAGAUAUAACACUUGAAUGCAUAACCAGGUAGUGAGUUUGUCUGAGCGCCAGUCAACUAAACCUCGGGGUUGUACCUCAAGUAAGGGAUGUCAGUUGACUGAGGGUAAGACUGCAACCUGGUUUAAUAAGUUAUUUCAUUUUAAGAAGGCUGACAGCUUAUGUACACAAAGUAGAGUAAAUGUACGCAAGCUGUGGUUCUGGUUAGGUCGGAAAUUACUGUAUAGUGUGGUCGUUUAUAUUUUUGUGAAAUAUUUAUAAAGUUAUGAGCUGUAGUGUGUACACCAUGUGACUUCAAGGAACAUGAUGCCAAUUAAUUGAUCUAUCUAAUUAGCGACAAUUACAUAAUUGGUCAUAAGCAGGAUAAUUAACCAGAGACAUGAUAGAAAGAUACAUUUUAGGCCAAGAGAAAGAUGAUGUUUCUUGUCCAGUGAAUCGUUCGAAAUUGAUGUGCUAAUCUCAAUUCAAACAAAUACCUGGGUAUUUUAUCAUGUGGCUUCGAGUAUGUAUGCUGGUACGGAAUUUUAACUUAUCACAUUCUACAAAAUAAAUUAUUGGAAGGGGAUCACAAUAGGUCUUUAAAAAGUAUUCUCCAGAUAACAGAGAUACAUGUAGUCAAGUAUUCAAAUGAAUAAUUGAUGUAGUCUAUUGGAUUAAAAGUGAUUAACAGAAUAUAGCGGCAACAUUGGUCAACCAAUUUCUGCUGAUUCUUUAGUUUUUGCGUAUCUCUUCAAAAAUGAUUUCACCAGACAUAAGUUUGUGAUGGCAUCUGUUUUAGUCGCAGUGAUGUUUAGACCCCUAGUAAUUGACGCAUUAUGUGUAGUCAGUGCAUACAAAUGUUUAAAAGGAGAUUUCUAUUUUAUACAUUUUGUACAUAGAUGAUGUCAGUGUCACCCUGGUAUUGUACAAUGUGGGCUGGGUCUCUAUACUCAUACCUUAGUCGUUUUUUAUACAAUAGGUUUUUGUUUAAGAUCAACCGAAAAAAUGACUGUAUGCUUUUCUGAGUGAUAGCAGUGUAUAGACAUGCUACGAGUUCUCCUAUCAUGCUCGCUCAUAUUUGGCUCCGUAAUGGGUGCAUAAUUUGGCCUAUCAACAUGAUCAACUUACCUAUUGCAUAAUUCAUGCUCUCUUGUUCAAUUCAAUAGCUAAUUUUACAACUCCUUCCAUUUAGCUUGAACUAAGGUGAUCAGCUCAUGUAAUAGCCGCGUCAAAUAAAAGAUGCCUUUGAUAGUGUGUUCUACUGAUAUUUGGAUAUCAGAUCUUUCCAACUACAAGCGCCAUACAUUGCAUUAUUAAGCCAUAUACGCUUACAAUGCUUAGUUGACCUUAGAUUGCCAAUUUUCACAUUAGUCUUUUGAAUUUCCAUCGCCUGAACCAUCAUCCAAAAGGUUUACUUUCUUCUGGCUGUAUAGAUCGAAACACAACAUUAAUUUUGAUAAUACUUUUAUGGUCUUCUGUGUCAAAUCCUGUGUUCUGUGUCAUUUCAUUCUCUUAAAAGCCUGCUCCGUUCAUUCAAAAAUGAGAAAAUUGAACAAGAUUUUAAAAAGUUCCAAUAGCAUUCCGCGAUAAUGACGUCACUUCAGCUGCUGCCCUCUAUUUCCCCAUCGCUGAAUUACAGGCAAUGUCGGACAAACAUGCGGUUUCUUAAUGGAUUCAGGCUUUCUAACUGGGGCAGUUAGAUUCAAUCUGGCACAUGUCCGAGUGUUGGAAAUACUACAUAAUUGUUCUGAAUAUUUCUCUCUCUGACUCUAUGGUAUCAUUCAUGCUAAAAACAAUGCAGGGUCAAAGAUAAUUGACUUUGAAAUAAGCUCAAAUGCGUAGAAAUCGACUGUCACGUGACUAAAACGUCAUCAGUAUCUUCUUCAAAUGACCUUGUGAGCUAUAAAUAGUAACGUCGCGGAAUGCUAUUGUGUACAUUAUAGUACUGAAUACAAAUUUGGACAAUGCCAUCUGUAGCCUGAUGCACAAAUGCUACAACAAGUGAUAAAACUUCAGCCAGAACAAAUAUUUGAUGUCUUGCCCCCCCCCCUUGCAUAAUAUGUUGUGGACAAUCUUCGAAUCUGUCUGUGAUUGUGUAGAGUAAAGAUUAUAAACUAAAGUCACAGUCAUCAACAAUGUGAAAUCUGUAGUUUAUGUUGUAAAAUCUGGCUCAUUAUUUGUGUUAGAAUAUGAAUCUUCUAUACUGGGUGUCCCAGAAAUGAUGCUUGUGAAGUUAGUUUGGGUAAUGAUUAAGCUUGGCAUACUACGGAUGUGUCCAGCAGACAGCAUUGCCCUGCUGGUAACUUCACCUUGGUAACUUCAUUUGAGUGUUAUUUCUUGGACAGCCAGUGACAGUCAAAAUAUCUGAUCACCAUGAGGAACUGAAGUUCUCCUUCUUGUAUAGAUUUUGUGAGAUAUUUUUGUAAUUUAAAAUGUUGUUUUUAUUAAAAUUAUUAGAACAAUGCAAGAGGUGUGCAUCAAAUUCUCAGUAUCUCCGAGGCAGUCAAAGUUCUGUGAACUGCUGGUGCUGCUCUCUUUCAGCAAGUAGAUGAACUGACUGUUCAAAUUUAUGGUAAUUUUGGCUAAAGGGUUACCUGAAUUGUAACCUAUAAGCUUAUUGAAGUGUAAGUAACCUUUUAUCUGAAUUCACAUGACUAAAAUGUAUCUUUUAGCUAAAUCAAGUGACUAAAAAGUGACCUUUUAACAGAAUUCAAAACGUAUCUUUUUAUAUUGUUUUUAUUUGAGUAAUUGUUUAUUGUUUGAGCAUCAAAAUCAAAAUGUUUUGUUAAAAUAAUGAACAUCUAAAACUUUCUUCCAAGGAGGUACCAUAUUUUCCUCUAAAAUGCAAAUAUAUUCCAUAGUCACACCGGUGUGACGGGGAUAGUAGUCCUAGGGCUAAUAGUCCGUGUAACAAUAGCCCGCAUUGCUAAAUGUUUUGGUUAGGGUUAGCGGUACAAUAGAUCAUGCUGCUUAAUUGGUCAAAUACAAUGCUACCGGACUAUGACUCCAGGGAGACUAUAUCCGCUGUCACACCGGCAGAGCCGAUCUAAAGUUGACAUCUUGCUUUUUGUCUAUUCAUUAAAGGAGGUGUGGCAAGCACGUUUGUAGUUCACAGAGGUCCUGAGGCUUGCAGAGAGGGAGCUGAAGGUAUACACUCGAAAGGUUGCACAAACUGUUGAUACAUAUAUGAACAGCCAUUCAGAACUUGCUUUUCCUUUCAUAGCCUCUGCAUGUACCUCUGAAAAAAUCCAUGCCAUCUAUCUCACACCUCCUCUAAUAUUGUAGACGGACAACAGUUGCUAGACUAUGUAUGCUGUACUGCUGCGUUGUGACAGUUGCCAGGGGUUAUAUCAAUACUACACAGCAAAUAAAUCAGAAUUUGUAAUCUUCCAAAGAAGAGCUGCGAAAAUAAUUACAACCAACGCACUGCUUAAUGAGGGAAAUCUGAUGAUAUAUUCACAUGUUUCUUUCUGAAAUGUGGUAGGGAAAAUUGGUGUAUUAAAGGUAAUUUGGAACAUUUUUCAUUAUUUCAUUGAUAUUGUGAAUUUUAGGCAGAAGUAUACUCAAAGUUUCAUGAGAAGUAUUUAAUUUCACUGGGAAGGCUUCUGAAGCUUCCCUAGAUUGCACAAAGCACUGAAUUUAUUCAUAAAUGCACACGUUGGUUAUAAAUAUUUAAAACUUCUGUGACAUGUUUUUAGUCAUUGUUGCCUGUGUCAAGGAGUUUCCCACUCCAUUGUUUUUGUGGCAAAAUAUGAUGAAAAAUGGGGGUGAGCGGAUGCAUUUACAAUUUCUGUGUAUGCAUUUAAGACUGCUUCAACUGAUCACUGACAAAGAUCAAUUGAUCACUGACAAUUGACAACUUAUUUUAGUUAAAAAUCGCUUUCUCGAAUAAUGGUAUUCUAUGAGUAAUUCCAUUGCUACAGCCAGCCCAGUAACUUGUAAGGUGAUGUAAGGCAAGUUGCUGCCACCCCAAUGUGAGACAUGUGGGGCGUAUCAUAUUGCCAUCUUGCAUAGUGUGGGGUUGAUUUCGACGGCCGCCACAAUAAUAUGUAUGUAUAUUUUGGAGAAAAUUAUGGUGUAAAUUAUCUUGACAUGACUGUCUGGGUUAUAUGUUCUGAUUCAUCACUUGAUUGUGAGUAAAAUUGAAAAGUUGUAAAAAUAAAAGUGUCUUUUGUGA